AUGUUGCCCGAGGGAAUUGUGAUUACUCGUGAUGGGGUUUCAGAGGGACAAUACAGAAUGGUGAUUGAAGACGAAUUGAACGCUAUAAAGGAAGCAUGUGAAGAAUAUGGUAACUUGCAUAAUCAAGAAUCGUGGAAACCUCGUUUCACUUUAGUGAUAUCAUGUAUCCUUUGUUUCCGAUUGUUUCAAUGUCACCAGCUCGUUAAUUUCUUCACUCUAGACGCUAAUCCUCUCCCUGGAACAGUAGUUGACACCGAUGUUGUGCGAAAUGAUCUGACCGAAUUUUAUAUGCUGAAUCAUCGACCUGUCCAAGUAAGAGAAUUUUGGCUGUUCUCGAAUUCAAUUAUUGAUUUGUUGAUCUGA